AGAGUAAUUUAGAAUCUGGCAAUGGCUUCUAGCAAUGCUGUUGCUGUUGGCUGUUGUUGAUUUUUUUGGAUGAUUUACGUCCGUAUCAUAAAAAUUCCGUGCACUUUGAGCAUUUAAAGAUAAUGCACUGAAAGAUUGAUAAAUGAUAAUGUGAGAUAAACGGUUUUAUGUUGAACCUUUUCCAAGCUCUCAUGAUUUAGUUUUGUUAUUGAUUCUGUUUCGAAAGAAAUUCGUUUUCAUUGAUUCUCCAAUAAUAUAUCACGUGGAAAACAGAUGGUAUUGUUUUGUUGCCCACAGUUCAAGUGAUACUAAAAUAUAUAUCCUUAGCAUUUACGGCAAGAUCAAAGCGAAAAUGAACAUCCCCGGCUCCACUGAUAUUAUAAUCCUUGCUGGGAAUUCUCAUCCAGAUUUGGCUCAAAGGAUUGCUGGUCGUCUGGGAAUCAGAGUUGGAAAUUGCUCUGUCAUUCAUGCAGCCAAUAGAGAAACUCUGGUGGACAUUGGAGAAUCGGUGCGAGGUCGAGACGUCUAUAUUUUGCAAACAGGCACCAAGGAUGUCAACAAUAAUAUCAUGGAGCUGCUGAUUAUGGCCUAUGCAUGCAAAACUUCUUGCGCACGCAAGAUAGUUGGGGUGAUCCCAUAUCUUCCCUACAGCAAACAAAGCAAGAUGAGGAAAAGAGGAUGUAUCGUUUCCAAGUUGCUUGCUAAAAUGAUGUGUAAUGCAGGUCUCACUCACCUUAUUACUAUGGACUUACACUCGAAGGAGGUGCAGGGAUUCUUCGAUAUUCCUGUGGACAAUCUUAGAGCUUCACCCUUUUUGUUGCAGUACAUCCAAGAAAGUAUCCCUGAUUAUCGCAAUGCAGUCAUUGUUGCAAGAAAUCCAGGCUCUGCAAAGAAAGCGACUUCCUACGCUGAAAGGCUUAGACUGGGCAUAGCUGUCAUCCAUGGAGAGCAAAAGGAGGCGGAGUCAGACAUGGUGGAUGGGAGGUACUCUCCACCCCCUGCUGUUGCCGCAGCAUGCAGGACCAUGGAUGUUGGACUAGAUAUUAUGCCUGUUUUAGCAGCCAAGGAGAAGCCACCCAUAAAUGUUGUAGGGGAUGUCGGAGGAAGAAUAGCCAUCAUGGUUGACGAUAUGAUUGAUGAUGUGGAGUCUUUUGUGAUGGCUGCAGAAGUGUUGAAAGAACGAGGAGCUUACAAAAUCUACGUCCUGGCCACUCAUGGAUUGUUGUCCUCGGAUGCUCCCAGAUUGCUGGAAGAUUCUGCCAUCGAUGAGGUGGUCGUUACCAACACUGUUCCCCAUGAAGUGCAGAAGAUGCAGUGCCAUAAAAUCAAGACUGUGGACAUCAGUGUCCUGCUGUCCGAGGCCAUUCGUCGCAUUCACAACAAAGAAUCUAUGUCAUAUCUAUUCCGCAAUGUAACGCUCGAAGAUUAAAUCUAGGAGAGCCUUUUUUCCCCCUUUGCUUCAAUUUUUUUUUCGCAAGUUGCUUUAGUUGAUAUCAUUCUCUAUCUUGGACAUAACAACCAAUAGAAAAGCAUUGAAAAAUAGUUCAUUUCUUGAUAGAUUAAACAUUUGCUUUUUGGUGAUGAAUUUAUUUAAUUGGAAAUUCAGGUUUUAAAAUCCUUAUAAACAGUUUUGUAAAGACUUAGUAAUGAAUAUAUUUUUAAUAUUUGUAAACACAGAUUGAUUUGUCAAAGCAAUCAAGUUUCGUUUUUUUUUCUAAAAGAGUGUAUUCAUAAUUGGGAUCAUAACUAUUUUAUAGAGAGAUAAAUUUUAAUGAUGAAUUUUUGUUAAAAAUGAGAAUUUUUAUGCGUCUCAGAAUCAGGUAUCUUAGUGAAUUUGUUUCUAGUAUUUUAAGAUGUGGUCAUUGCACACAUUUUAAAAUUCUUAACAUUUGGUAAUUAACUGAUCCUAUUACUGAACCCUAUGAAUGAAUUUGCUAAAUUUCAGAAUUUUGCUUCAAUAAAUUUCUAAAAUAUUUUUGGAAAAAAAAUAAGGAAAACAGAAAUGUAUGACAGCUGCAGAUAUUGCUUUUUAUUUAAAAUAAUUUUUGAUUGUUUUAAAUUAGUGUAGCAUGUUUAAGUUUACAUUACAUUUUAAAAUUUAAUUCCUCCUCAAAAACAAAAACAUAGCAAAACAUAAAUGUAUGUAUUGCUAAUUUUUCUAGUUUUGAACAGAAAGACAGGGGAAAUGGCUUUAAGAGAACUGUUGGCUUUAAUACUUUGUUCAGUAAAUCAAUAAAAAAAUUUCUUUUUGUUGUUAAAAACUCUAGUUUCCACAAAAUUAUAAAUUGAAUUGUUUAAAUAUAUAUGUGUAUACAGUUGCCUCCAGUUAUAGCAGUCCUGGGACUCCCAGGGGGGAUCUGGGGUCCCAGAUCUGGGAUCAAAAAUUUAGUCGGUCUAACAUUGGUAUAUAAUGAAGAACACGAGAUAUAAAUUACUGUAUAACAUUAGUCAAUACAGCCUAUGCAUUAAAACCUAGACAAUUUUUAUUUUAAAUCUGUAAAAGAGAGGAAGGAGAAAAGGAUAAGAUAAAGCAUGUUCUUUGCUUAUAUAUUUUUUUUAAAUAAAAAUAAGGUUAUUUUUUGUUUUCUUUGAGUAAAUGACAAAUAACAUUAUUAUUUUUAUUAACAAAAAUCUGUAAGAUCAAUAUUAAAUUCUACAAAAUGCAAUAAAUCUUUUACAGGCCUUUAGAUUUUUUUUUUUGUACAAGUUCCUCAUCGCAUUUUUUAUUAUCAUUUUUCCCAUCUUCAUUGCAUGAUUUAAACAUUGAAACAAGUCUUACUAACCAAAAGCCAAAGUAAGACUUGAUAAGUGUAAAUUAUUACUUUAUUUAUACAUGAUUUCUGUAUGAUCAAGUCUGUAAAUUAUUAGGUUACACAUGAUUUCAAAGUACAUAAUAAGCGAGAAUAGAUUAUAUCCAAAUUAUUUAGUAACUGGUGUUGGCUGUAUAUACAUACGUAAUUAUUAGCAAAUACAUUUAGAAACAGUCAUUUUCUGGUGAAUAAACUUUGAAAUGUUUUCAAAAUUACUCCUUAAUUAUCCACUUAUUUCCUUAACAUGUUUCUUAGAUGAAAUGUUCUGAGGAAUGCUGAUUAGCUGUGCUGUGAAUGACUUGGUUUUUAUCAAGUAAAAUUAUCAAUUGAUAAAUGUACUACUUAUAUUUGUCAAGCUUCCCAAUAUUUGUUUCCAUAUAUUGCUUAUUUGUGAGGAAUAUCCUUCAGACACAUUAUGUUUCUCUGAUAAUUAGAUGUUAAUAUAUUUGUUUUUUAUUUACUUCUGCAGUUAUAUUUCUUAAGAAAAAAAAAUAAAGCAUUUAUUAUAA